GUUCCGAAUCAGUCGUUUAAAUUUACCUGAAAAUAUCUGAGAAUGACCUGCAUAUGAAGAUUUUUCUUACAUAUAUAUUGUGUUUGACGCUUUGUUAUUGCUUACAACAAUUUUAGAACGUGUACACAUCAAAACUACCUUUGUGUACAUGUUUACAAAUAUCGCACAUGGAACCAUUUUACUGACGCACCGGUAAUGGAAAUGCGCUUUGGAUGAAACAACAUCAAAUAAAUAGGCGGAGGAUGCCACAAGCCUGCAUUCUCUUGAGACAUUGAUGUCAGAGUUCUUUAGUACUGCAGCAAGCAAUGAAAGGAAGAGGCAAAUAGAGGAGUUAUUAAACAAGUUCAGCCAGACAAGGGACUGCUGGAAACAGUGUCUGUUCUUCCUCUCCAACACAAACAAUGAGUUUGUCAUGAUGUACAUUCUCACAGUGCUCGAGAACCUAAUUAAUCGUCAAUGGUUGGGUUUUACUGGUGAUGAAAAAUGUGAAAUCAGGUCCAUGUUGAACCAGUAUCUUCUGCAGAACCACAGGAAGGUACCAACUUUCAUACGCAACAAGCUUGUCAAACUGGUUGUCGACAUUGGCCGCAUCGACUGGCCUCACUUCUACCCAGAUUUCUUCUCCAGCAUUCUCCAGUUAAUCCAGAGCAGUGAUACAACCAGUCUGGGUGUGAUCCUACUGCACACGGCAUCUGAGGAGCUUGCAGUCCCACGAGAGGAUCUCUCCAUGGCGAGGAAGGAGGAGCUCAGCAAACUGCUGUUGCACCAGGUCCCAACUGUCCUCAAUAUCCUCAACAAUGUGUUAGAGACAGCCCUUGAGAGAAACAGUCACCUGGUGUCUGCCACACCCCCUCCCUCUCCCACACAUGGGGAAUCAGCUGCUAGCUCCAAAGCCUCAUCUAACAUGCUUCUUUUCUCCUCAUCACCACUCAAGUCAGACAUUUUCAUGAGUGAACUAUUCAAGAGCCCCGGGGGAAGCCACAGCCUGCCUGAAGCCCUCCCCCCUCUGGACUCAAGCACCCAGGAGUUAUGUGCCCUUACCCUGAACUGCCUCUCCCACCUGUUCAGCUGGGUCCCCCUCUCCUCCUUCAUCACUCCCACACUACUCUCCACCAUAUUCCACUUUGCAGGGUUUGGGUGUGAGAUCAAGGGUGGCCGUACCAUGAACAGUGGGGCUAACUUUAAUUCACCGUCAAGUCAUCUUGGCAUAUUGGCCAUGAAUUGUAUUAAUGAACUCUUGUCCAAGAACUGCGUACCAGCAGAAUUUGAGGAUUUCUUAUUGCAAAUGUUUCAACGGACAUUCUUCUUGUUACAGAAACUUACUAAAGACAGUAGUACUUGUUCAAGUGGAAAUAGACUUUCAGAAAUUGAUGAAAACUAUGUGGAGAAGUUCACAGAUUUUUUACGGCUGUUUGUUAGUAUACAUCUGCGGAGGUUUGAAUCUAACAGUCAGUUUCCUGUGAUAGAGUUCCUGGCACUGCUCUUCAAAUACACUUUCAGACAGCCUUCAAACGAGGGUUUCUAUCACUGCUUGGAUAUCUGGUCCACCUUCCUGGACUAUCUGUUCACCAAAGCCAAGGGUAGACAGGCUGAGAUGCAGGCCAUCGUCCUCAGGUACAAGGAUGCCCUUAUGUCGCUGGUGAGCCAUGUGCUACAGAAACUCAUGUUCAAGUAUAACCAGAGUCAACUGGAGGAGUUGGAUGAUGACACACUUGACUAUGAUGAGGAGACAGAGUGGCAGCACUUCCUGCGUCACUGCCUGGAGUUGAUAGCAAGGGUGGCCGAGAUACUCACCGCAGAGACCUUCCAGAUACUGUAUGAGCCAUUCCAAGAAGCAAUGCAGAUCUACUUUGAACUUGAGAAACACAUUUCAUCUGACGGGUCAAAACGAAGGUUGAACAUACGUGGGGAGAACGACUGUCGACGCCUGCACUGCUCUCUCAGAGACCUCUCCUCCCUCCUUCAGGGGCUAGGCAGGCUGGCUGACCAUUUCAUAGCCGAGAAGUUUAACGAGAGGUUCUCAGAUGGACAAGUCUUUAUUGAAAGACUGGUGCACAUGUUGGUGUAUGGAAGCCGCAUUCAGCUGUUUGAGCUCACCUCCACAGAGCAGAGUGUACUCCAAACAGACCUGAUUGAGGUGCAUGCCCAGACACUGGCUGCCAUCAAGCCCUACUCUCACUGGCUGGCUCAGUUCUACAGUGAGUCAGCUAGCUACCCGGAACAGAGGCAAAAAUUCACCGAGCUCAUUUCCACACUCCUUGAUGCCAUCUCAUGUCUCUUUGAAGAAGAGACACCUGACAAGAUAUCACACUCUGCCACUCAUCUGCUGUCAUCACUGGUUACCACAGUAAGGCCAAACUUCCUUCUGCAGGUGCCCUCAUUCCUCAAACUGUACCACGAGGCUGGCCAGGGACAUUACAGGGGGUGUAACCAGGAGGUUCAGUUUCUGCUGUACCGUUCGCUGAGUAUGUACCUGGCAUUGCCGUGGAACUGUGUAGGAGAAGGGAACCAGGACUGGGCAGUACGGGCCCAACACCACCUUACCUUCACCCACCAGAUGACAGCACCGUACUUCCAUCUCAAGGACACCUCAUCUCUCAUCAACAACAAGGCUGCGCAAGACGCUGCAAAAGGUGUGAUAUCAAGCAGCCUGCGGUUGCUGGUUGACUGGUCGGAGUGUGUGGAUGGGGAGGUGGUCAAGGCCAAACAAAUCUGUUACCAGUCAAUGGAAGACAUUGUCAACAUCACACUCAACAUAUUCCCUAUCUUCAUACACCAACCAGAUGUGAUUGAGGAUAUAAUGACAUUUUUCCUGGGGCUGUUCACUUCAUUCCGGGUUCAGAUGGGGGUAGCCUUCACAGAGCAGACCAUACAGAUAUUUAUGGGACUCUUUAGCAAAGAGCAGCUUGCAGAGACCAUCAGUCAUGAGAGUAGUGCAGCUCACAGAGUUAUUGAAAAGUUUCUGAAAAUUCUUCAAAUCAUAGUUCAAGAACCAGGCUCAUCAUUUAAGAGAUUUCUUCCCAGUAUUAUCAACAUCUGUUUGGACUACAUAUACCCUACCAUAGCUCAGCGCCCAUCCCCAGACAUGAAGUGUGUGCUGUAUGAGUUGCUGCACGAGUUGCUGCUGAACAACUGGCGAUACUUCUUCAAGGGAUCUGUCCUUACAUCUCUUAAUAAUCGUGUGGAGACUGUGGAAAACGAGGAACACUUUACUGCAAUUAUGCAGUCAUAUGGUCAGUCCUUCUUACAGACCGAUAUAGCAGUGUUUAGACAAAACUUGGAGUCACUGGAGUCACUUAACUCAAAGUGGAAAUUGUACAAAAAGCCAGUAUUCUACACAGGCAUGCAGAUCCAGUUCAUGAAUGUGCUGCUGCAGGUGCUUGUACACAAGUCACAUGACCUACUGCAGGAAGAAAUCGUCGUAACAGUGUAUAACAUGGCCGCUGUAAACUUUGAGAGAUUUUAUGGCGAGUUUCUCCCUCAAUUUCUUUCCGGCUGUGAGGGAAUUGUUGCAAGUCAAAAGACCAUGCUUAGCAGUAACUUCAAGCUAGAAAAGGAUCUUCCGACCUUUACCCAAGAUUUACAGAGGUUUAUCAAUGACCUGCGCUACUACAGGCUCAUGAACAGUAGUCUACCUGAGGGUUCCGUCCAGUUCUCAUGAUGUUAAACACACUUAGGCAAUAGUAUUGUGCAAUGUAAUAAAACAGUCACAUGUUUAUACCUACUUCGUUUGUGCACUGGUUAUAUUUAUCUUUGGUGGUUUUUCAGUGACUGCCAUAUUUUUUUGUUUAAAAUAACAGUGAUUAAAAAUUGAUGCAGCACAACUGGUAGGUCAGUUUUCUGACAUAUCGCAUAGCCAAGGGGAUUUAUACAUAAAUUAUCAUUUAUAUGAUGUUAAGGUUUUGCAUGUAAGCAUCUUUAAGUCAUAAUCGCAGCAAAUAAUCAUAUCUUGCAUUGAAACUUUGGAUAUGUGUUCCCAACUAUCCAUUUUAAUUUAUCUAAUGAAGUUAUAAAACACUA